AAUGUCAGUUAUUAGAAGCGAGGACUGUCGUUUUCAAAGAUUUUCCUUGAAUUGAGGAAACCUAUUUAGAUUUCUCGGACUAUAAAAACAAUGAGAGUAAAUCUAGACUGUGAAUUGGUGUCUUGUGUUUGAUCAGUGUGGCUUGUAUUUUAUGUUAAAGAUUCAAUAUGCGUGCUUUCUUCAUUCUCGCCAUUGUCGUGGUUGCUGUGUAUGCUGUUGACUACGCUGCCAUUUUGCAGGAUGAGACAAGACUUAAGGCAGCAGUGGACUGUCUGUUGGACAGAGGACCUUGCGUCGAAGUACAGGAGUUAAAAGACAAAUUCCCUCAAUUAGUCGCAACUGACUGCGGCUCUUGCACACCAGAACAAAAAAUUAGAUUCGAAAUAGCAAAGAAGAUUAUACAGGAUAAUUACCCUGCAGACUUUGAAGCACUGAAGGCUAAAUAUCUACCCAGCUCAUAAACACUAUUACGUUGUCUGUAAUUGUAAUAAAACAUUGCCAGUAAUA